AUGGGUUUAUGGCCAAAAAUAUUGUCAUUUAUUUCAUUUUCUGAAACUUCACUUCGGAAGCAUGCAGUAUGGGUAUGCGGAACUGCUAUUCAAAAUAAUAUUAGGGCGCAAAAAGCUUUUGCAGAGAAAGGAGGAAUAAAACUUAUCUUAGAUCUGUUAAAGAAUCCAAAUGAAGACAAUGAAAUUAAGAGCAAAGCUUUAUAUGCUAUUUCUGGAGCAAUUAAGCAUUAUCCGCCAGGAUUAGAACAAUUUGACCAAGAGAAAGGAUAUGAAACACUACUAUCUUUAUUACAAACAUCUAACCUUACAAUUCUUCGUAAAUCAAUAUUUUUAUUUAAUACAUUACUUUUACAAGAUCCUAUUAAAGUAGCUACUCGAAUAGAAGAAAAAGGAUUGUCUAGACAAUUGGUUAAGCUGUUAGAAACUUAUGGUGAUGACGAAGAUUUAGCUGAUAAGAUAUUACGUACAUUACUUGCCGAAUUUCAAUAUUCUUCAAAAUCACUUUCUGAGGAUGAAAUAAAUGAGUUAAGGCGAAUUCUUCCAGAAAUAAAGAAUAAGUAUGGAGAGGUUGCUUUAAGUAAGCCAGAAUGGGAAGAAUUG